AUGCUCUACUGUCAUUCGGCGUCCAUGGCAACAACACAGGAAGUGGCGCGCCAUUGUUGAAAAGUGACACACAACGGUUCAGUCUCAAAGUGAAGAUGUCGUUUGUGAGGCUGGGGCGCUCACAGCACACUCAAGGGAAAAGGCCUGUCCGGCCCAAGAAGGCAGCAGCUCCUAGGAGAGAGUGGGUGAGCACUGUCAAUGAUCUCUCCGUGCACAAGCUGACACCUGAUGAGCUGAAUCAUCGUCAUGAAAUUCACAAGUCCCACAACAAGGCCGUGGCUCAGUGGGAGUUGAAAGAGAAAGCCCUAAAGCGCCGCCUCAGACAGCCUGGGAGCCCUGCACCACUGGACCAUGCCACCCUCAGCAUCAUCAGGGAGGUUUUCUCAGACCAGCUGCUGCUGCAGGACGUGUUGGCCCGCUCAGACAGAGCCAUGGCUGUGGUCAAGGACCUGUUUGGAGAUGCUCCACGCAGACAGACUGGGCACCCCAGUGUGACUAUGGCUCCCAACUGUGAGUCUGACUCAGCACUGCCUGUGUUACAGAGACCAGAUCCUCCGACCCAGCUGUCACUCCUCAGCCAGUCCAUGAUGGACCAACAGGCCCUCAAUGAACUAGAAGUUUCUGAGGAAGAGCACAGUGACGGUGAUACCUGUCCUGCUGCCAGUUCAAAAUCUCAUGUAAUACAUAGGGCCAAUUUACGGAAAAUGAAGUUAAAGAAUCAGAGCAGAGUGGUGCGACAGCAGAGGGUCUGUCCCAACUUUGAGCUCCAGGCAGAAGGUGGUGGUGUUCCUGUAACCCCCUGUACAUCAGCCACUGCACCAGACCCAGCAGCUCUCAAUGCCACAGUGGCAGUUCAGCAUCUGCGGUCCAGACAGAGCCAAUCAGAGGAAGGCAAAGACCCUUCAACCCUGGUUACUCAGGUCCUGAAUCCUGAGUCCACCCUAAACCAGUCAGGCAGGAACAGCGGUUGUUCCAGCAGGAGCAGAAAGACUCGUGCAGAGUGUUUUUCUCAGAGUUCAGGGCUGGAUGGCUCUGCUGUCAGUGCUGCUGGUGGGGAGCAGUCCAGUCUGGGCCUGUUACAGGCCAUGCUGGGCCAGGUGGAGGCUGAGCUGGACUCCCUGAGUCCUGACACAGUACCUACAUCAAUCCCAGGUCAACAGCAGCACAAAACAGCAGGCCUCACUGGGUUCUCUGUCGCCCUGGUCUCCACUCUACAACGCUUGGUGCACCUUGUCAGACAGAGGGAGGAGGAGGCGCAGAAGGAGGCUGAAGAGAGAAGAAGGCUCGAGGGGGAAGUGAGAGAGCAGCGGACACUGAUCGAUGCCCUCACUGCUGACGUCAUGGCUCUGAGAGAGGAGAGCGCUGCCCUGCAGGCGGGGCUGCAGCAGCACACGGAAAAGCUGGAUCAGAAGUUGGACACGGUGGUGGUGGCGCUGGGAGGACUUGGACUUCUGGGAGCUCACACAGACUGUGGACCUCAAGACUCCAACGUUAAAGUCUGUCAGACUGGGCCCUUUCCUGAGCGAACACAAGCGCCGGUUUCUCCCGCGGUGCUGCUCUCCCCUCCUCAACAAAGAGACACCUGGCAGCACCGUCCCGUCGGUCACCCUGUGCGGCUGCACCACGACCCACCUCCUCUUGCCACCACGUGUUCCUACGAGGACGUCCAGGCCUGCGUCCUGUCCAACAGUCUCUCCAGCCUGCCACUCACCAGCUUCCCGUCCACUUCCUCCCUGACCCUGACCUCUGACCCUCUUCCUCCACAGCGGUCUCAAGAGGCCAUGCUGGCUGAGAUCACUCAGCUGACCCGACAGAAUGAGCUGAUCAGGACUCAGCUGAACCAAGCUAAGACUCUUGGGUCAGAGGUCAGACGAUCCCCUAACGACAGCAGCGAGCAGAGAGCGUCAUGUUCCAGCAGCGCAGGGAGAGCCACGCCUCCAAGUGCUGGAGAGAGGAGGCUGUCCAACAGCACAGGGAGAGCUAAUCAAAAUUCUCAGGCUGUCACCGGAGAGCGUCUUACUCAACAGGCAGCAAUGCCUGACAGCCUCAGUGCGAGCACCGUUGAACAGCGCCUCCUAGAGCUGAACAGGCAGAGUGCAGCGGCCAGGAGCCGACUGUUGGGGCUCAUCGAGCAGCAGAGACAGAGCAGCUCGGCCAGAGUGUCCCCCUCCAUCUCCCCAAUACCUCCCUCCGCCGUCAGCCCACACACAGCAGGGGGAGAAGGGACCCCAGAGGUGUCCAUGCUACUGCCUGUACAGGACCCCUUGUCGCAGGCCAGUGGUGGUGGGAGACGCUCGGCUGGUGGCGAGGUGCUGUCACAAAGCCCAGGGGGAGAAACCAGAGAUGGAAAGACACAGGUACACACACACAAGCCGGCGGACAAGUUGAGAGAACGAGAGGGCUGGUUUGCCUUGUCUGCUCAUGUGAGAUGACAGGAAGAGAAACAAUUAUUCAACCUGAGAAGCCUGAAGAUGUUACAACCUGAUCUUUUUUAUUAUGUUUUUAUUUGUUUUUAUCUAUGCAUCAUUAAAUGAAUGAAUUAAAUGUGUUAAUUUUCACAAG